AUGUUAUCAAUAAGAAUAUUGAAUCUAAACUACAGUAAUUCGUGCCAAAAACCUAUAUCGAAAAUUGAUGAUUGCAAAAUUCAUUUCUGUCGAAUCGUGAGUUAAAAACAUAAACUUUCCACUAAAAAUUUUAUUUUCAUAAAUUCCACGGUUUUUUUUUGCAGAUUGCUCAAAAAACUCCUGUUCAUCCUUAUCGGUACAUGGUCUGUUAAACAUUUGAAUUUCAAACAAAAUUCUACAUAAACUAGAUACAGUAAGUUGAAAUUGGUAAAAAAAAUAUUCUUCAAAAUUUAAAUUCAUAUUUUCAGUGCCCAAAACCGAAAACAUUCCCACCCACGGUAUCAAAUUACAUCUGCACAAAACUACCGUAUCUAAAUUACAGUAACUUGUAUUUUUUUUUGGUUAUAAUGAAAUAAAUCCUCAUCAUUAAAAUUCGAAUUUGAAAAAACUCGGGAAAACUUUCAGAUUCUAAUAAUCUACAUAAAUUCAGGUAAUUAAAUUUGGGAAACACGUUUUCCUGUAUUUUUAGAAAUCAAAUUUUCAGCCUGAAUUACUUCUUUUCUCAAAAUAAAUAUUUUCUAUUAUAUUUUUUUUAUCUCAAAAAAUCUCAAAAAUAGUUAUUAAAUUUUCUCAAAUGCAAGCAAAACAAUACAAAUCAAUUGAAACGUAUAAAUUUCCGGAAAAAAAAAGUUUGGAAAAAUAGGUUUCAAGUAGUCUGAAGAUCACAAUUCCUGCUAAAAAUCACAAUUUUGAGUGUAAAUUUCAAAAAUGCUUCUGAACUUCAAUAAAAAUCAAAUUUUUCAAAUAAAAUCUUCCCAAAUUCCCAUCUUCCAUAGCCGCUCAAAUCAAAAGAUCUCCCCAUUUUCAAACUCUUCACACCCUUUCAAAAACACAUCAAUUCCAGGCACAUGUCUAAAAUUCUUCCCAAAAUCGGCAAAUUUUCCCAUAAUCCUUCAAGUACCCGGUAAGAAGGCGGGGCAAAUUAGGCCACGCCCACUUUCCUUAUAAGAAGCCCAGUUUUGCUCAUUAUUAUAUUAUGAAUAUUCUAUUUUCUCUAAAUAUAUUCAAACUUGUCAAUACUGUAUCUAGACUACAGUUAUCUUCCAAAAAUUCAAUUAUCUCAUGUUAUGAAAACAACGGGAGCAGAAAUUAAGGUAAGUCGGCUUUCAAGUUACCCUGACUCUCAUAAUUAUUUCCAGUUUCAGAUAUAAAAUAGCCAUAUUAAAAAUACUGUAUCUAGAUUACAGUACUCUCUUCUAAUUCUGAACUUUAAGGCGAAUAAAGGUAAAUUGAUUCUCUUUCAAAAAUUUUCCAAAUAUAAAUCAUCAUUUUUUUCAGAACCUAUACGGAUAUAAAAAAUUACGUCAAAUAAUUGACGAUUUUUGGAACUCUCAGCAUUAUGGAAAGAAUCAUUAUCAUGAAAGAAAAUAUCAAAAUUAGAAUACUGUAUCUAAACUACAGUAAUCUUCCUGAUUAAAUGCUUCAAAAUGGUAACUUUUCAUAAAUUCUCCAAUUUUUCCAAAAUCAACUAUUUUUCAGAACAAACAAGAAUUCGAAGAUUUUUUGAAAUUGCUAGGAAAAAUGACGAGCCAAACAAACCAAGCGGCUAUAAGCAAAGUUAUAUACAAAUUUGUGAAUACUGUAUCUAGACUACAGUAAUCUUCCCGAUUAAAUUAUCGAUCGAAAAAUAAAUCAUACCGAAAAAUAUUUUCGAAAACUCAGCUAACCCUUCAAAUUAAGAUAAAUCGAUUUCUCAUAUAAGGAAUACCACAGAUUUUUGUGAGAAAAAAAGUGAGUUCAAGUUUUUCCAGAUUUUCUGUUGUAAAUAUAGAUUUUUUCAGGAAAACAUCUCAAAAAAUGCCACAAAUUGCCUAAACUACAGUAAUUCGUUGGAAAAUCAGAAGAUACUAAUUUUCGAUUUUAUAUGUUGAACUUUUAAUAAAAAAUGUGGAAAAAAAUUGUUCAAAAUCGUUUUUUUCUUUUGAAAUUUCCAGGAAAAAUACAAAAUCUCGCAAUUUUCAAAUUUCCCACCAAAAAAAGUGGGAAAAAUGAGAGACAUUUCUCUAGCCAACACUAUUUCUCGACACAGAAAAAAUCAAUAUUAUCUCCGCGUCUUUUUUCUGUCCACGGCGUCUUUCUCAUUUUUCUCUACUUUUUCAUUAAAAAAAUGUGUAAAAAGUAUUACUGUAUCUAAACUACAGUACUCCAAAAAUUUAUGGAAUUUUCUAAACAUCCUAUACCACAAAGUACGAGUUCGGCUGAUUUUAUUAGGAGUAAAAAAUAUUGAGAGUGAGUCAAAGAUUUUCUAUCGUAAAAAAUCAUAAUUUUUCAGAAAAUUUUCAGAAAACCCGGAGACGAUUCAAUCCUAUUCUUCAAAAAUCAAUAAAAAUUAUAAAUAUUUCAAACAAGAAUGCAAUUCUGCUUUACUAUUUUUGGAAAAUGAAAAAAAAUGUAAGCUUAAAAACUAAAGCUAUCUAGCAAAAAUUACAAAAUUUCAGGUGAAAAAUCUCCGAAAAAUCGACAAAAAAGUAUUACUGUAUCUAAACUACAGUACUCCAAAUUUCAAAAAUUUAUGGAAUUUUCUAAACAUCCUAUACCACAAAGUACGAGUUCGGCUGAUUUUGAAAAGAGAAGAAAAAUGUGAGUUUGAAAAAUCACAAAAAAAAAACUUCUAGAACAUCCAUUUUCCAGAUCUGCGUCUAGAAAAAUUUGA